GCCCUUUAGGGCCGCCGGAGGCAACUGUCUGCGCGCUCGCCGCGUCCCCGAGAUUCCCCCACCCGGCCGGGACAGCGGGACCCGGUCUCAUCCUCGCAACCGCCUCGGCCUCUCACCGCAGCUCGCCGAGGCUCGGGGGCGCGGCCCGAGAGGCGCGGCCGCGGCUGCCAUCGGGACCAGUUCCCGUUCCGGGCCGGCCAGGCACCCGCUCAGGCCCUGCCCCUCGCGCAGCUGCGGGCGCGGCGUGCUCCCCGGCCACGGCGUUCCCGGGCCACGAAGCGCUCCUCGUCAGGUGCGCUUCCCGGCGCUGUCCCUUCCAGCUGCUGGUGUCCUGGAACCUGGUGGCCAAGGGCUGUGCUGAGGGGCAGGGGCCCUGGAUCCUCGUUGCCCUCUGCUAGGAAGACAGAUGCCACCAAAGAUGAACUUGGGAAGAGUAGCUGCUCGCUGCUUUAACCAUGGAAAAGCAGGCCCACAGUGAGAUGGAAAUAAUCCCAUCUGAGUCGCACAUUAAAUUGUUGAGAAUCAACCGGGAGCUUCUGGUCACUCACAUCCGCAACACGCAGUGUCUGGUGGACAAUUUGCUGAAGAAUGACUACUUCUCGGCCGAGGACGCGGAGAUCGUGUGUGCCUGCCCCACCCGGCCGGACAAGGUCCGUAAAAUUCUGGACCUGGUCCAGAGCAAGGGUGAGGAGGUGUCCGAGUUCUUCCUCUUCGUGCUCCAGCAACUUGCAGAUGCUUAUGUGGACCUGAGGCCUUGGCUGCUGGAAAUCGGCUUCUCCCCUUCCCAGCUCAUUCAGAGCAGAGCUGUGGUCAACACUGACCCAGUGAGCAGGUACACCCAGAAGCUGCGACAUCAACUGGGCCAAGACUCCAAGUUCAUCUUGUGCUACUCGCAGAAGGAGGAGCAGCUGCUGGAGGAGACGUACACAGACACUGUCAUGGAGCUGGUUGGCUUUGCCAACGAGAGCCUGGGCAGCUUGGACAGCCUGGCCUCCCUCCUGGACCAUACCACAGGCAUCCUCAACGAGCAGGGUGAGACCAUUUUCAUCUUCGGUGAUGCCGGGGUGGGCAAGUCAAUGCUGCUGCAGCGGCUGCAGAGCCUCUGGACCAUGGGGCAGCUGGACGUGGGGAUCAAAUUCUUCUUCCACUUCCGCUGCCGCAUGUUCAGCUGCUUCAAGGAGAGCGACUCGCUGUGUCUGCACGACCUGCUCUUCAAGCACUACUGCUACCCGGAGCAGGAACCUGAGGAGGUGUUUGCCUUCCUGCUGCGCUUUCCCCACACGGCCCUCUUCACCUUCGAUGGCCUGGAUGAGCUCCACUCGGACUUCGACUUGAGCAGUGUGCCUGACAGCUGCUCCCCCUUGGAACCGGCGCACCCCCUCGUCCUCCUGGCCAGUUUGCUCAGUGGCAAGCUGCUCAAGGGGGCGAGCAAGCUGCUCACUGCCCGCACGGGCAUCGAGAUCCCACGCCAGCUCCUUCGGAAGAAGGUGCUGCUCCGCGGCUUCUCCCCCAGCCACCUGCGGGCCUACACCAGGAGGAUGUUCCCCGACCGGGCAGUUCAGGACCGCCUGCUGGACCAGCUGGAUGCCAACCCCAACCUCUGCAGCCUGUGCACUGUGCCCCUCUUUUGCUGGAUCAUUUUCCGGUGCUUCCAGCACUUCCACACUGCCUUUGACAGUGCUCCUGAGCUGCCUGACUGCACGAUAACACUGACCGACAUCUUCCUGCUGGUCACUGAGGUCCACUUGAACAGGAUGCAGCCCACGAGCCUGGUGCAGCGCAACACUCGGAGCCAGACGGAGACCUUCUGCUCCGGCCGGGGCACCUUGCACUCGCUGGGGCAGGUGGCCCACUGGGGCAUGGAGAAGAGCCUGUUUGUCUUCAGCCAAGAGGAAGUGCAGGCCUCCAAGAUGCAGGAGGGAGACCUGCAGCUGGGUUUCCUGCGGACCGUGCAAGAGUUGGACCCUGGCGGGGAUCAGCAGUCCUAUGAGUUUUUCCACAUCACCCUCCAGGCCUUCUUCACUGCCUUAUUCCUUGUGGUGGACGACAAGGUGGGCAUGCCAGAGCUGCUCAGGUUCUUCCAGGAGUGGGUGCCUCCUGGGGAGGCCUCACUGGCGUCCUGCUAUCCUUCUUUACCUUUCCGGUGCCUGGGGGGCAGCAGCCUGGUGGGGGAAGACCCCUUCAAGAACAAGGAUCACUUCCACUUUACCAACCUUUUCCUGUGUGGGCUGCUGUCCAAAGCCAAACAGAAACUCCUGCAGCACCUGGUGCCCGCGGCGGCCCUGAAGAGAAAGCGCAAGGCCCUGUGGGCGCACCUGUUUGCCAGUCUGCGGUCCCACCUGAAGAACCUGCCCCGGCUUCGGUCUGGGAGCUUCAACCAGGUGCAGGCCAUGCCCACCUUCAUCUGGAUGCUGCGCUGCAUCUACGAGACGCAGAGCGAGAAGGUGGGGCAGCUGGCAGCCAAGGGCAUCUGCGCCAACUACCUCAAGCUGACCUUCUGCAACGCCUGCUCGGCCGACUGCAGUGCUCUCUCCUUCGUCCUGCACCACUUCCGCAAGCGGCUCGCCCUCGACCUGGACAACAACAAUCUCAAUGACUAUGGUGUGCGGGAGCUGCAGCCCUGCUUCCGGCGCCUCACUGUCCUCAGACUUAGUGUAAACCAGAUCACUGACAGUGGGGUAAAGGUGCUAUGUGAAGAGCUGACCAAAUACAAAAUUCUGACAUAUUUAGGCUUAUACAACAACCAGAUCACUGAUGUUGGAGCUCGGUAUGUCGCCAAAAUCCUGGAUGAAUGCAAAGGCCUCCAGUACCUUAAACUGGGAAAAAACCAAAUAACGAGUGAAGGAGGGAAGUGUGUUGCCUUGGCUGUGAAGAACAGCAAAUCAAUCUUUGAAAUUGGGAUGUGGGGCAAUAAAAUUGGUGAUGAAGGAGCAAAGGCUUUCGCAGAGGCUCUGAGGAACCACCCCAGCUUGACUAAUCUGAGUCUUGCAUUCAAUGGCAUCUCCACAGAAGGAGGAAAGAGCCUCGCAGAAGCCCUGCAGUGGAACACAUCCCUGAGAAUAUUCUGGCUGACCCAAAAUGAACUCAACGAUGAAGUGGCAGAGAGCUUGGCAGAAAUGUUGAAAGUCAACCAGACAUUGAAGCAUUUAUGGCUUAUCCAGAACCAGAUCACAACCAAGGGAAUUGCCCAGCUGGCAGAUGCAUUACAGAGGAACACUGGCAUAAUGGAGAUUUGCCUAAAUGGAAACUUGAUAAAGCCAGAGGAGGCCAAAGUCUUUGAAGAUGAGAAGCGGAUCAUCUGUUUUUGAGAGGAUUUUUUUCCAUACAUGGGUCUUUGUCCUGAGAGUCUCCUCCGCAGCAAGCAGAACCCAUUCUGUGCAGUCGGAAGGGUCCACUGCCUUGAUGCAAAUCGAUGUCCUUGUGCAGAUGCUUUUAUUGACGGACUUGCUAAAUAGCUGUUACAAUUUUACAGAAAAUACAGGAAAUGAGUGUGCCUUGACCUGUUUUAGUUACUGUAAACAUACUAUGUAGAGCCUUUAAUGUAUGACCAUCAUUAUUUUUAUCUGAAACUAAAGGAAAAAGAAUUUGAGAACAGAGGGGGACCAGCCUCACCUUAUCCAAAUAGUUGUCCUAAGGGCCAAUGAGAGUAAAUUGGUCAUUGCUGUCUUCAUUGAAGAGUUGAGGACUUUGCACAAAGUUGGUGCCAAGUUUCUUGAGAAAAAGGUGGUCAAUGACUAAGAAGUGUUUUACCUGAAAUAUUCCCUUCCUCCUCAGUACUCCAUCAUGGAAUAUUAUUAUUCCUACUUCACUGCUGUAGAUACUGAGGUAUGUAUGGUGUGGGAAUGUGACUCAUUCAAGGUCUUGUGGGGACCUGGUGCCAAAAGGAUUUAUCACAGACUUUUGUUUAAGUCCUAGAGUCUCAGUAUCUGCUGACAAAGGUCACAGAAUGCCCUCUUAGCCUUUGUAACGCUGAGCUUCUACUCAGCGCCUUCACGUGGCCGAGGUGCCCUGCCUUAGGAAGGAGUAGGAAUCAAUUCCUAUUCUUCAAAAGGAACAAGGCAUAGCUGAGCUGUCCUUUGUGGCCCUGGCAGCCAAAUGGAAGCUUCUCUGUCUCUUAUCCUCUUGAGUAAGGGAACUCUCUUCCUGUCCCCUGAGUAGCUGGGAGGGUGAAUGAGUUGGAUCUGUGCCUCAGGGAGCUGCCUGAGAACCCGGCUAGCAGAACAUGCUAGUCAGACACCUACCACCAUGGCAGGCACGUGCUGGAUGCUCAAUUGACAUGGAAGGGUGAUAGUACAAGAUAUAUUUGGCCAAUUCAUGUGUUAAUAAAAUACAAAAACACUAUU